AUGGCUGCUGCAGAUGAUGGUCCCUCAGGCUCAGAUAAGGGGCAGAUCUAUAGUGUCAUCACUAAGCUCAUCUUCACAGACCACAUCAAGUAUGGUCCUGCAUACUUGGUCAAUCCAAAAAAAUUCUGCAAUGCAGUCUGCAAUCAUAUUGGGACUCUUAGGGGUAAAUACAAAAAAAUCAAGGCGACAUUCAGCAGUACAGGCGCUGGUGUAAUGCCAGCUGAGGGGACUCCAGCAAAAAAUCUGCUAGAUGCUGCACUCCAGGAGCUGCCAUGGUACACAGAACUUGAUGCCAUUUGGCACUCUAAUCUGUCCAUGGCCACAAAGGUGCACUCAUCAAGACCUGGUACUGACCAUGCAGGUGCCUUCUACUCCCUUAUUCAACCACAUGGUGGGGCUGGUCCCUCAAUGUACUAUGGCCCCAGUCAGCACUCAUCGCACACUCCUGACAUCUUGGACUCUCCAUCUGCCUACCAACAUGGGCCCUACCUGCCUCAAAAUGAAAAUGUGUUUGCUAGCAACAACAAUGACAACAUCGCCAACCACUACAGUCCAUUGCAUUCCCCCUUGGGGGAUGCAUUGGACCACAUUGAUGACAACAACAACAUGAUGCUUGGCAGCCCUUCCCCAGUCAUGGGGAAGAAGUGUCAACUCCCUUCGUCACCCUCUCCUCCUUCCUCCCCUCCAAAACCAUUUAUCAUGCCAUCGAGAACUCCAGCAUCCACAUACAACAACCACUUGACAUCACUUCCGAAUAGUGCUGGCAGCUCGAAUAAGAAAAAGGCUAAGUCAGACAUGUCACAGCAGGUGGAGCAGGUGAGGGAUGAAAUCAAGAGCUUGCACUCUAGCGUGAUGUCACACCACAAGGGCAGACAUCAAUGCUACAUCACCAAGCUCAAAGCCAAAAGUGAGCACAAUCGUGACGUGAAGAAAUACAACUGGCUUUGCACUACCUGGGAGCACAAAGUCUCCCAAGCCACAGUCAGCCAUCAAUGCCUGCAAGAGGCCAAAGAUGCCAAGAUUCAGCUUUAUGAGACAGAUAUUCAGGUCCACCAAGCACAUUCCUUGGUGCUCAACAAGGAAGCAGAAACCCUCCACCUCAAGAUCCAGUUCCACCAAAUGAUGCAGGCCUCCAAGGCUGCAUCAGAUGGAGGAACUGGAUGA